ACAAUCAGCCUGACUAAAACCAGAUGCAUGUGUAGUGGGAGUUCUGUGUCUGCUGCUGCUGCUGCUCCUGUUGUUGUCGUGCGUGUUUUUACACACGACACAGCGUUUACAUUACACAGAAAACACGUGGUGGCGUCGUUCGAUGCUGUUUAAUCGGCGCGUAAUUACGCACGGUGGACCAGUGACACUCGCCCGGGAUUCCACCAUUUAUCCGCCACUGUCUGUGUGUGUGUGUGUGUGUGUGUGUGUGUGUCUUUGGGGAGUGGCUUAUCUGUGAAAUCCAGACACCCCCCACCCUUCUGGGGUUUUUUUUCUCUUGUGAUUCUCCGUUCACUUGAAAACUGCUGUCGCGUGGAAGUUGUGUGACAGUGUGCCUGUGCUGCAGAUCCACACACAUACACGCGCGCCCCUGGAACUCUCCACAGAUCCGUCUAUAUCGCUGUGAAAACCUCCAGAAACAAUGUGCACGUCUAUUAAGAUGGCUGGCUGUGCAGCUCACACUUGUGGAAUACUGCUGGAUUACUGCAGAAAGAUUUCUUUACUCCUCUGGGAUUAGAGACAGUGUUGCUGCUGAGCGUCUUCUCUGUGAACAGCUGCAGGUUUUAGUCCUUCACCACACUUUGCUGAGAUGUUUCCACAGUUCUAUAUCGUGAUUGAAGUGCUGAUUGCGAUUCUCUCCAUAUCCGGCAACAUACUGGUUUGCUGGGCUGUGGCCAUCAACUCCACUUUGAAGAACGCCACCAACUAUUUUCUGGUGUCUCUGGCUGUGGCGGAUAUUCUGGUCGGUUGCCUCGCCAUCCCCUUUGCCAUUACCAUCAGCGUCGGCAUAGUUCUGGACUUCUAUGGAUGUCUCUUCCUGGCCUGUUUUGUCCUGGUUCUGACCCAGAGCUCCAUCUUCAGUCUGCUGGCCAUUGCCAUCGACAGAUAUUUGGCAGUCAAAAUUCCUCUGAGGUACAAGGAGUUGAUGACAGGAAAGACUGCCAGAGAGAUCAUCACUAUUUUAUGGAUCCUCUCCUUUGUCAUUGGCCUCAUCCCCUUCUUUGGCUGGAACCUGAAGCAGUCCUUUUGUGCGAAAAUCAGGAGAGACAACACGUCAAACACUAGCCUCACGCAGGAACUGAGCGCUGGAGACAACACAAUAAGUUGUGAACGCCCGUGUUUUUUCGAGAGUGUUGUGGACAUGCACUACAUGGUCUACUUUAACUUCUUUGUCUGUGUGCUGGUGCCACUGCUUAUCAUGCUGGGCAUCUACAUGAAGAUCUUCACUGUGGCCAGGAAUCAGCUGAGGCAGAUCGAGCUCAAGUGUGUGGGGAACGGGGACAGCCAGAACCACGGGCUGCUGCAGAGGGAGAUCCGUGCUGCCAAAUCCCUCUCCAUUAUUGUGGGACUGUUCGCCGUCUGCUGGCUGCCGGUCCACAUCCUCAACUGCCUCACACUGUUUUACAAGCAGCUGCAUAAGCCGACGGUGGUCAUGUACGUGGCCAUUUUAAUGUCUCAUGCCAACUCCGCAGUCAACCCCAUCAUCUAUGCGUACCGCAUCCGGGACUUUAGGAACACCUUCCGCAAGAUCCUGGCCCAACACUUCCUUUGCCGCAGGGAGGAGCUGUACCUAAGCUCCAACGGCAGCAGACACAACAGAGACCAAAUCAACAUGACCAUCGACCCUCUGCUUUAGUUGUUCCGAGGAAGAACAUCAACAUCUGUGUCAACUCUGUUGUUUCACUCUUGAAUUUUAUUAUUACUGAGGUUUACAAUGUUUACAGAACAAGCGUGUGAUGGGCAAAGAUGGACUGAUGUCAAACGCGACUUGAACGUGGACAUUUAUUUAUGAAUUGUGCCAAGUAUUCAGGGGUCAAGCGGUGAACUGUUGAAUGGUGAGUCUUAUAUCACUUUGGUAUUGUGAAGGAUUUGUGUGUUUGUUUUUUUAAAUGAAGUAACUGGAUUUGUUGGACUGUGAAACAAAACAACCCUCCCUUAAAAUGCUACUUAUCAUUCUGAGUCCACCCUCUUGCAACUUCAAACACUUUACUUUUUCCCCCUGCUAUUUUAUAUUGUCAGCAUUCAGAAAUGAUGUUCAAUAGCUUAUUUAUUACAAGAGCUUGUCUUUAAGAAUGUAGAGAUUAAAAGACGUUGUGUGGCUAAAUCUGUACUCGCGGACCCAGAAAGGUACAACAGUAGUAGUCUACUUAUUCCUGACCUUCACAGGCUCUUAAUACAGAGAAUCUUUUAUAUGAUUAUGAAAGGUCAUUUGUUGUAUUUUCAUAUGUCUAUUCAAAAACUUUGCAUGGCAAAGAUGCCAGUGAUUGCAGUUUUCCCCCCACUGCUGCCUCCUUAAAACUACAUGUGCUGUAUGUGCAGAGAGACACGGUGCUCCAGAGGGAUCAAACAUGGCCUUUAUCUGAACUAGGGAAAAAUUAGAUUAAUACAAGAAUAAGCAAAUCCCAUGAAUCAUCUCUCAAAGUCUCAGGGGUCACAAAAUGUUCUUGUGACCUCUGUCGCCAAGACGAAACAGUUUUCUGUGACUCCAAGACAAACAGCCAUGGUUUUCUCCUUUGUUUUGCACCAACUCACGAUUGAAGACUGAAAUUUGAGAGCCCAAAACCUCCAGGCUUCUGGUACAAACGUUUAUAUUUGCUUACAUAACUCAAAACAAUCAUUCAGUUCACUGUUCAACUGUACAUGAAUGUCAUUGCCCCGAGGAGUCCCCUCCCCUCAGAGAGUCUCAGCUGGGAUCCCAAGGCUCUUCUCUGGCCUGUUUGUGCAGUCAGUUCUCCCUAAGCUGCUGACAUGACUGACUCAACUGAGGCAAGAGAGUUCUGUUGGGAAAACAAGUUUAAUUAAGGGCGAAACCUCAAAGACAAACUGCACUGAGGACUCAUAUGAAUCAAACCACUAAAAAUGGGAUACUCUUCACCCCUCAUGUCGAAUUGGCUCCAGAAAAGUAGACAUUACUUUUAAAGGUCCAGUGUUUAAUAUUUAGGUGAAACAAUCAUAUAAUACUUAUAUAUAUAUAAUGGCUUGGUGCUUGUUGUCGAAUAAGUCUUUUACAGUAUGUAAAGGCCUUGCUUUAUGGAACCACCAAGUUUCUACCAAUCAAUCUAUCUAUCAAUACUUCUUACAGCACUAUGCUCCUCCUCUCCUGCUCCGCUGAGUGCUGCAGCCGUGCUGUCACAUGACUCGGCGGCACCGAGCAGGCAGCUACAGUGACAGAGAGAAAGAGGCGAGACGUGUGAAGCCAUUGCUCAUCUGUGAAUGGAUAAAAUGGCGUGCGAAAAAGCCACUCACUACUGUUGUGACGCAGUCAUUUUCGCAGCUCUUCUGAACAGAACAUUGUUCUCCGGGAAUAAUUUUGCGAAUAAUAUUGUGCAAAUUUGGGCGAUAGGUGAUUCACUGCGGCACCGAGAGAGGGACAAGCAGAGAGAGAGAGAGA